AUGGGAAACAAGUCGAUAAAAUCUUCCAAGAAUAAAUUAACUCACCCGACCAAACAUUCGCGUCAUCUGUCUUGCUGCGGCGGUAUCAAUUCAUCUGCUUCAGUUUCGUCAUGUUCCACCGAUGAGAAAUAUUAUUAUCCAACAUUUGAUCGAAUUCGAACAAACAGUCAACAGAAAACUUAUUCCGGUCAGUCAGUCAAUGAUUUACAGCGAAAAGUACAAAAUACCAUCAGUAUUAAUCAAUGGAUCGAUUCAUUACCGAUUCUCGAUACGAGAACGAUCUGUCAACUGACUGACAAACAAGUUAAAUGUCAGUUUGAUGACGAGAAUAACAUUGAACAAUUGGAAUACCUCUUCAAGAUAAGCUCGAAUCGUGAAUUUGUGCAUUUAACAAAAAAUUUUCAUUUGAAAUUUUAUUUGAAAGACUUUCAAACUCGAUUGAAAUCAUCGUCCGUAAAAAGAACGUUCCAAGGUCAUUUUUCUUCCACAAAAAUUAUCUUUCCUUCCAACGAUACUUAUCAAAAUACUAUUAACGAUUUCGAUCUUAUUUUCACUUCGCCAUCCGAAUCAAUUUUACCUAAUUUAUCAUCCAAUGCAACCAAUUGUCAUCAGAUUCACGAGCAACUACGUUCAAAAUGCUAUUUUCUUCCAUUAGUCACUCAUCAAAUUGAGCCAAACGAUGACGAAUACAAACAAAAAUCAUUUCCAUUAGAUCGAACUCACGUUGUAAUCACAUUAGAAAACAAUCAAACCACCAGGACGCCUAAAACAACAUCGUCCGAAAUCGAUUCGUUACUCAUUUUCACUUCCGAUGAUUACUUUCAAACAGGACUGAUUCGUAUUAAUCCGCAAACAAUCACCAAAGAACUUUCAGCAUUUAUUUACGUUUGUAAAGACGACAAUGUUUCAUACUUAUCAUCAAGCUUCAUUCAACAAUGGUUUAAUACAUUGAUACUCGUCAACCAAACGUGUGCGAUUGUUAAACGAUUUCAACUAGGAAAUACAAAUCAUGUAACAUGCCUGUUUAAAGAAUCUAUGCAGCAGACUGACAAGACGUUCUCUUCUCAAAAUAAUUUAAUAUUUGCUUCGUUUCGUCUUUCGUCACGUGCUAGUUUAACUCAAUCACUGCUUUUCAAUGGUAACGAUGACAAAUCAGAUCAUCUGACCGAUGCAUUCUCUCCCACAUUUCUUUCGAACAGCACGAAAACUUCUAAGAAUACUAUUCAUGUCGAUUACGAACAAUAUUCAUGUGCUUUCCGUCUUUCGCGUUGGCCAAAACAUCUCGUCGACAUCUACUAUACCCAUCCAAUACGAAACGCUCAACGGCAAUGGCCAUCGCAAGCACAAAUGGAGAUCUUAAUCAAUAAACCAUUGUUAUUGACACCAACUGGUUCUGAUCAUGCAUGGAAAAUAAAUUUUGAUUUAAUCGAAGAACAUCUUUGGAAGUUUAUGAAUGAAUUCGCGUUAUAUGUUUACAUUCUUUGUCAACAAUUGUUUGCUCUGACGUAUAACAAACGGUGUUUGAUCAAACAUACAUUUUUCAAUUAUUGUGAAAAAUACGGCCUGCCAUUUUCAAAUAAUGAAAAUAAUCUUUCAAAUAUCAUAACAAGUUUUCUAAAAGAAUUAUCCGAACAAAUCAAGCAAAAAUUUCUUUCGAAUUAUUUUAAUCAUGAGAUAAAUAUGUUUGAUCCAACGGAGGAUUAUGCUCAAUGGUUUGAUCAUAUCGAUCAAUGUUUAGUUAAUCGGAUUUAUCUUACAACUUCGUCCAUCGUUUCUCCAUCAAAUCGUCCGAUAGUCAUCGAAUUUUUCUUCCAUUUUGUCGACCGACUAUAUCGAACAUUUCAUCAAAAGCAAUCCGAAUUUCAUCUCAAUGAAACGAGCCUGUUGAAUCUCCAUCAGCAAUUAUGCAAUGAACUAUCGAUAAGCAACAAACAACUAAAAAUCGAAACUAUUCGGAUGCAUUUAACACAAGAAUUCGAUACGAAUGCUGAAUUAGUUCAUAAUUACUUGAAUCAAAUACGUAAAACGCAGACAUCAUUAGUUUUUCAUUACAUCUGGACGAUCUAUAUGCAAUAUUUGCAUACGUAUUAUAAUGUUCUAUGGCAUAUGGAAGAAUUCGAGAGAAUGAAAUAG